CAGAAACGCGUCUUUGUUCCUAACAAAGAAGGAAGAGCCGCGUAACUAUGGUUGUGAUCUUCUUCAUGUUGCAUUUUAGGACUUCAACUCCAGAUUCGAUAACGGAUGUAAACUGGGAUCUCAAGGUGUUUCUUUUUCAUGCCUUCAGGGAUCGUGGUUCUUGUGGUAACAACAUUGACUUGAAGAUUCAUUUUCUAUGGUGCUCUCAGUCUGUUCAAUCAGAAUCAGAAGAU